ACUUGUUCCUCCUCAUUACACUCUAUACCAAACUCUUCUCUGGCAUAUUCACGAAUUUUGCAAUCGCACCAUGUCCGAAAAACCCACGGGCGACAAGCCCGCUCCCCACGCUGAUACAGCCUUGAGAUCAGGCGAAGAGUCGCCCACAACUGCCCGUGAACUUGACUUCGACGAUGACAACGAUGCUCCAGCGUCUGCUGCCGAACCCAUAAGUUCCCCGCCGCCGGCCUCCAAGUCCCCAAAACCGUCGGUACGCUUCUCGGAAGAAGCCACAGAAAUCCCACCGGCGAAGCCUCCGCGCCCUGCCAAUCCACAGCAGCAGGCUGAGAAUACCCUCAUCGAAGCUUUCCCAGGCAUCGAUGCUAAGGUUGUCAAGGCCGUGCUGGUCGCGAGCGGAGGCAAGGUAGAGCCGGCAUUCAAUGCCUUGCUCAGCAUGUCGGACCCUAGCUUCCAGGCUGAGGAAGCUCCUCCGCCUCAGCCACCUCGCCCAACCCAACCCCGUACGCAACUAGAGCAGGACGAGAUAUAUGCUCGACAGCUAGCAGAACAUUACGAGAGCGGCUAUGCUGGUCAAGGCUCCCGCCCAAGAGGUGAUGGUCAGCCACCACGACGCCGACAGGAUCAACAGGACCCCAAUGAGGACCGGAACUUCCUCGACGAUGUCGCCGACGAACUUCCCGAAAUUCGCAAGAACAUCGAGCAAGGUUUCCGUGAGACACAGACCAAAGUCAACAAAUGGAUUACCGACUUCAGGAAAAAACUCGACGGCGAGCCAGACCAGUAUGAUGUGUAUGGAAACCCUGUGCCCCGUGAACAUGAGCGACGCAACUUUGGCCCGUCACAGUCGGAUCAGGUGCAUGGGAUUCGGAAGUCCGCCGAGACACGCCGUUCAGCCGAUCGCGAACGUUACGAUAGCGACAAUCGCAUGAUUGGCGAUGACUUUGAAGCUCUUGAACUGAGAGACAACGAUUCUCCAGCUAAUUCACGAUCGAACCGCCCGCUGGCUAACCCUGAUCUGUUCAAACCUACUCCGCUCUCUCCUCCCCAGAGUGGUCCUGUGGAUGAGGUCGAUGCUCUUUACCGAAAUCCAUCGCCUAAUAACGGCCAGACAACGGGGGUCACCGGAGGCAAGGGUUCAAACAAGAAGUGGCAGCCGUUAACGUCCGUCGCGCCCAAUCCCGAACCAGACGAGCAUGAUCCUUUCAGCCUUGGCGACAGUGACGAGGAAGAUACUGCGAAAACAAAAGACAUCAAGGCUGAAGACUCGGAGCGGCUGAAGAAGGCAGCCGAAUCCAAAGAGGGCGCUUCUGGCCCUGAAUUGAAACCAGCAGCCCGCAGCGGGAGCGUUAGCCAAAAGGACGCUGCGGCCGAGGCUCUCUUGAAGGAGGCCAAAUAG